AUGCCUCCUCCCCCUCAGUCGAACAACAACUUUGGCUUGAAUUCUAUGGGUUUCCGGUCUGACGAGGACGACCAGGACAUAAUACCUUCCAUACACAUCCACGGCUCUGCUAUGCAUGCGACUUCGCCUUUGCUUAUCCCCGAGAAUAUAUUCUCGGCGAUGGACAAUAACCCGUACAAUGGAUAUAUUCCAUCGCCGCCUGAGCUAUUAGGAUCGAACAUCAUAGCCCCUUCUAUGUUGACUCAAGAUCCUAGUAUCUUGAUGAUGAACGACAACUCUUCAAAUUCUUCCCCUGCUGAGGCAGGUGAAACUGAGUUUUUGCGACAAACAAACCAUCAUGGUCCACUAGCAAUCAACGACACGCCGUCAGGUCUCUUUCCCCUCAACUCUACAGAGCAGUUGCCGGUCAACAGGUUCAAAGACAUCACUACUAGCGAGGCUCAAAUGCGCCGUGGUCGAUGCCAAGCAACCAUUGUGGAGUAA